AUGGAUGAUGAUGUGAAAAAAGUGAAAAAGCCGGGUCUAGUGUCUCCAUUCAAGCGAGUUUUCCUGAAAGGAGAGAAGGGGCGGGACAAAAAGGCUCAGGAGAAGACCACUGAGCGCCGGGCGCUGCACACCUUCGCUCUGUCACAACCAGACCACUGCAUUGACCCUGACAUCCUGCUCAAUGACUACAUUGAAAAAGAAGUCAAAUAUCUCGGCCAGCUGACGUCUGUGCCAGGAUAUUUGAACCCUUCAAGCCGAACAGAGGUUCUGCAGCUCAUUGAUAAUGCAAGGAGGUCACAUCAUUUGGCAGGCCAGCUGACGUCCGAGCAGGAUGCGGUGAUGAGUUUGUCGGCGUAUAACAUAAAGCUGGUGUGGCGGGAUGGAGAAGACAUCAUCCUCAGAGUGCCUAUUCACGACAUCGCUGCUGUAUCUUAUAUUAGAGACGACUCACUGCACCUGGUUGUGCUUAAGACAGCACAAGAAUUGGGUGGUUCUCCGUGCCCCAGCUCAUGUCCAGAUCUGAACAAGUCCCAGACGCUAAGCUCUUUAUCGGAGAGCGGUGGUGCGCUGGUGGAAGUGUGCUGCCUGCUGGUGCUUGCAGUCGAUAACAAGGCAGCAGCCGAAGAGUUGUGCCUUUUGCUAAGCCAAGUCUUUCAGAUUGUGUACACCGAAUCAACUAUUGACUUUUUGGACAGAGCCAUUUUCGAUGGGGCAACUACACCAAUCAGACAUCUUUCUCUAUGUAGUGAUGAUUCUUCAAGUAAAGUGGAUAUUAAGGAAGCCUUUGAAGAUGAUAACACAUUUCCCUUUCAGGACUCUGUGGAGGCAGAAGUAAACUCGUCUCCAGCUUCAGCAGCGACAUCGCCUCAGACAAAGCCGGCUAGUGAAGGAGAGCUCAGUACGACAGCUGCUGAACUGCUGCAGGACUACAUGACCACUUUGCGGACAAAAUUGUCAUCUCAGGAAAUUCAGCAGUUUGCCACUCUGCUCCGUGAAUAUCGUAAUGGGGCCUCUAUUCAUGAGUUUUGUAUCAACUUACGUCAACUUUAUGGGGACAGCAGGAAGUUCCUUCUACUUGGUUUGCGAGCCUUCAUUCCUGAGAAGGACAGCCAGCACUUUGAGAACUUUCUGGAAACCAUUGGGGUAAAAGACGGCAGAGGCAUCAUCACGGACAGCUUCGGUCGCUACAGGCGCACGGCUAGCUCCGCCUCCGACUCUACAACUAAUGGAAAUGGGGCAGCAGGAGGCAGCGAAGACAGUGCGACAUCUGACGAGGGCCCCGAGACCUCUGAAGGGGAUGAGUGGGACCGUAUGAUUACAGAUAUAAGUAAUGACAUAGAAGCUCUGGGCUGCAGCAUGGACCAGGAGGCAGUGACCCCAUAG